UAAGUGUAUAGAUAAAGAGAAUAACAGUAUGUUUGUUCUUCAGGAAGUGAUUCAGUGAGGAUCAGAAACUACAGAACAGCUGUAGUGUGUUUGGUGCUGCUGUGUGUUCUUCUGCUGACUGCAGUCAUAGUGCUGUGUGUCACACUCACUCAAGAGAGACAACAGCUCAUAUCCAAGAAUGAAAACUUGACCAAUGAGAGAGAGCAGCUAACACUCAAGAACACAAACCUGAUCAAUGAGAGAGAGCAGCUAACACUCAAGAACACAAACCUGAUCAAUGAGAGAGAACAACUAAUACUCAAGAUCACAAACCUGACCAGUGAACUUCGGAUCUGUGUUAAUUGGACCUGCUAUCAGUCCAGUUUUUACUACAUGUCCAAAGAGAAGAAGAACUGGACUGAGAGCAGAAGAUACUGUAGAGAGAGAGGAGCAGAUCUGAUCAUCAUUAACAACAAAGAGGAACAAGAUUUCAUUCACAACAUGUCUGGUAAUGGUAUAUUUUAUAUUGGCCUGACUGACAGAGAAGUGGAGGGCACAUGGAAAUGGGUUGAUAACACCACACAUGUUCUCACCUCUGGCUUCUGGGCGCAAGGAGAGCCAAAUGGAAACCAACAAUAUGAUGAGGACUGUGUUGUGACUGUAGCUGUGCCUCCACCAGGGUGGGGUAAUUUAGUAGGGUGGCUUGAUGAUGCAUGUAAUAAACCUUAUCAAUGGAUCUGUGAGAAGAGAAUUUCACAGUUCAUUCUGCCAUAGGAACAUCACACACCUUUCUGUCACAAGUUCAACAAUCAAAACUUUUUUUAAUAAUUGGUUAUUAUUUAAAAAUGUUUCUCAACCUUGUUUCUAGAAGUCACCCACAAUUGCACAUUUUGACUACCAUUUCAUGUCCUAAAUGCAUAAUGUGCAAAAUGGGACUCCAGAAGUGUUUUUCAUUCAACCACAAAUGCUUUGUAAGUGAACGUCAGAGUUUUCCAAUUUAUACGUGAGAUUUGCAGACUUAAUUUAUUUUUUGUACAUUAUCCAGUUAUAGAUCACCAGUCACUGUGAAACACUCCAGUACUUACAACAAGUUUGAAUAAAACAAAGGUGUUAAACAGGAGUUAAGACUGCGGCAUUUGUAUUAAUUAAUUACAGGAUUUGGUUUGUAUUCAUUUUUUUAAU